AUCGUCACGUGAUCUUUCUGUGACGUCACUUCCACGGACACCGGUAUUUUACUGGAGCACGAUAUUUUUGUUGAAAAUGUCGAUGUUUCGCAAUUCCAUUGUGAAACUGGUAGCAAGCCAUCAGGGUUUGGUGAGCAACUGCAGAUAUGCUACAGCAGCAAGCACAAACCUGAAGGCAGUUCUAGCCAAUCAGAUUCCAGAGAAACAAGAGGAAGUGAAAAAGUUCAGGAAGGAAUAUGGAUCAACUAAGGUUGGAGAGGUCACAGUUGAUAUGAUGUAUGGUGGUAUGAGAGGUAUUCGUGGUCUCGUUACAGAAACUUCUGUCCUUGAUCCCAAUGAAGGAAUCCGAUUCCGUGGUUACAGCAUUCCUGACUGUCAAGAACUCCUCCCAAGAGGUAAUGGAGGGACCGGUGAACAACCUUUACCUGAGGCUUUGUUUUGGCUGCUUUUGACUGGUGAAAUUCCCACCCAACAGCAGGCUGAUGCCAUCUCUAAAGAGUGGAAUGACAGAGCGGCCAUACCCAACCAUGUCACAACUAUGUUGAACAACUUCCCUAGUAAUCUCCACCCUAUGUCACAAUUCAGUGCUGCAAUCACUGCAUUGAACAGCGAGAGCAAAUUUGCCAAGGCUUAUCAUAGUGGUGUGAAGAAGAGCCAAUACUGGGAGUACGCCUAUGAAGAUUCCAUGGACAUGAUUGCAAAGCUACCCACUGUUGCAUCCAUUAUUUACCGUAACUUGUACAGAGAAGGCAGCUCUGUAGGUGCCAUAGACCCAAAGAAAGACUGGAGUUGGAACUUUGCCACAAUGCUGGGAUAUGAUAACGCAGAUUUUGUAGAGCUUAUGAGAUUAUACCUGACAAUACACAGGUAGAAUAUUUUCAGAAUU